AUGGUCGUUACAACGAACGCACAGCUACAACAGAAGUUGGACUCCCUCGUAAAGAUCAUGGAGACAGGGGACAUCGAAAAGUUCGUUCGUGCCUUCGUUCCCCUGGAUCUGUCCGAGGAAGAGAUCUCGGAUUAUCUGUCAAGAUUGAGAGAGGAUCAAUCUGAAUGGGAGAACAUCAAGGUCGAGAUCAAGACGAUUGCAGACGGAGACUCCGUCACCAAGAUAGAAGGAGAUCAGGUCAAAUCGGCAGUAUUCUUCUUUCAACAUCCUUCUUUCGACCAGGUUGACAGAGAAGUCGAGUUUGUCUUCGAAGACAGCGAAUGGCGAGCCCAGGGAUAG